AUGCGGCAAGUCGGCUUGGAUGGUGGAUUUGUAGAACUCUUUAUUGAGCUAACAUACGGCGAAGCCGCUUUCUACAGGAAGGAUACUUAUCUGUUCGUUAAUCCCUCAUCAUAUUUCAAUAAUUUAACACCGAAAUUCUACGUUGCCCUUACGGGUACAUCUAGUCUUGUUUCUGGAAUUAUAUUGAUAUUCGAAUGGUGGUACUUCAAAAAUAAUGCGGUAGACUCUGUAAGCGAGGAUGGGAGCGACAACGAGGAUGCGCUGGAAAAUCAGAAGGCAAUACCAGAGUGCAAAGUCUGGCGAAAUCCAAUGGCUUUAUUUCGCGGUGCUGAGUAUAACCGGUCGCAAGAUCACCAGAGCUUCUUCACUUGUGAUGAGGACGUCGGAAGGCCGGAUUAUGACAUCAUGCAAGUCGCCUGGCGUGAACGAGAUAGUGCAUCGAGGAUAAAUGCUGCUCGAGAAGCUUUGCACAUAAAUCCGACUUGUGCGCCAGCUCUUAUCUUGUUAGCAGAAGAACAGUGCGAGACGAUAACUGAAGCAGAAGUGAUGCUGAGACGCGCACUGAAAGCUGUCGACAGCAGUCUCGGUCAGUCGCAGUCCGGACAGAUAGUUCCCCAUGAACGCUCUGGUGAUAUGUACCGUCAAGGGCGACGACGAGAUUUCCAUAUGCAAAUAUACAUUCGACGUCGACUCGCAAUGUGUGCAAGAAAGCAGGGCCGAGUACGGGAGGCAAUCAAAACGUUUAAAGACAUCAUUAGGGACGGCUCUAUGAGUAACAUAUUGGGCGUUCAAGAAAAUCUCAUCGAAGCUUGCCUGGAAAUGCAAGCGUACGCUGAUGUACAGGCCCUUCUUGUUCGAUAUGAUGGAUUUGAUUUACGAGAGCCGAGGUCUGCAGUACUGAGCUAUACAUCUGCACUUCUGAAAGCACGGGCUGUAGCUGACAAAUUCGUAGCCGACAUUUCUACGAGGCGAGGUCUAUCGUCAGCAGAAGCGACAGCAAUUGAAGCAAUAACCCGAGCAAUAGAGUUCAAUCCUCAUGUGCCUCUUUACCUGCUUGAGUUGCGCCCUAUGAUUCUCCCUCCGGAACAUUACUUGAAAAGGGGAGAUUCGGAAGGCUAUUGCUUAUGCGUUCUUUCACAUACAACACUUGGAAGCGUAUUGAUGGUGCUCUGCAACUUUUACAGUACACCUGGAAAGGAGCUUGAGUCCGCUGACAGAGAGCUUCUUCCUGCGUGGCAUGAAGUUUCGGUGUUUCCGAAAAAAGAGAGUCCAGUCUGGGCAUUGCUACAAACACUUUCAUGUCUGGCUGUCUGCACCAUUGCUCUUCUAGUUCACCAUUAUCCGACAAGUACUUUCGAAGCGAUCCACUUUGCAUUUUCCGCAAGUGUGUUAGGAGUGCAGCGGCUAAUUGCACACUUUCAUCACUGGAUUCCUGAAAAUGUGAUUGGUUUACUCGCUUCAAAACCAGCUCAAAUUGUUAUAGAAAACAUAAGUGCUUAUGUCGUAAUGUCGGUGCUGUCACCACCGGAUGUGCGAAAGCUUGUUGAAGCACUCCUCAGCGAUCUGCGACAACUUUCCACGGAAGCAAAAAAGAAGCAUAAUCAUGUAAAGGAGGCAGCAGAGUCGGGCGUUGUUCGAGUCCGAAAUAUCAGCACCGCGUCAGCCGAGGCAACGCUUCUCACCAAUUUGCGAGCGGCUAGCAAUGAAUUGCUUCAUCCGCUCAUUCUCGCCUGUGCUACUCGACAAACUCGACUUGUUCAAAUCGCCUUGCAAAGCAUACAACGACUAGUUCAACAUCGUAUUCUGGAGGCGAGCUGUGCAAAUGUAGUAGUCAGCGAAUUAUGGGGUCUAGUUGAAGUGGAGUGUGAAGAGCUUCGAGUUCUGCAAACCGUGCCACCAUUGGUGUCGGCUGAUCUUCUUGUUACUGGGAACACUCUUGCAAAGUGUAUUGUUAUGUGUUUUCGUAUGCACUUUGCUAAGGAUCCCGUAGUUAUCAAUGCUGCUUCAGCGGCUGUACGACAAUUAGUGGGAUGUGUGUUCGAGCGUGUCAUACAGGAGGAUGGAGUUUUCAGCACAGAGCUAACUGUAGUACCGUCUUCUGGAGGACGUCCAUCACCGAGAUCUGCACCUCCGACACUACGACCAUGUGCUGCCGACGCCUACUUGUUGUUCAAGGAUCUCUGCUUGCUGAUUAACGCGAAACCAAGUGUAUGGCUAGUAGGGAUUCAUGAAAUGACAAGGACUCUUGGGCUAGAACUUAUCGAGAAUAUUUUGAAAAGUUAUCCUGGCGUGUUCUUUAGGCAUCCUGAGUUCUGCGAUCUGUUGAAGUCCGAAGUAUGUCCACUCGUGAUCAAGCUAUUCUCCCCAAGCUUGAAGUCGGCGCACGUAUCAUCUCAGCAUCCAUCGUCACGUUCAUCUACUGGUGCUGGCUCACCGCCAGAUCGACCAUACUUCCCCAUUGCUAUGCGGCUAGUUCGAAUAAUUCUAUGCCUGAUCUCACUCUAUCAUCAGUUACUAACGUUGAUCGUAGGGGAUGGCAAAGGGCACUUUCACCUGGAAGCACUUCAUCGGGUUGUAGUGAGACCGGAUAUAGUCAGGUGGCUGUGUGAAAAUUUCGAUGCAAAGUCAAAUUCCAUCAAAGUAUUGGAACAUCUGUCCAAUAGUAUUUUCUGUGUUAUUCAGCAAAGCUUCAUGCCUUCGAAAAUGAGUGCUAUAGAGGCUGAUAUGGAUCCCGACUUAAUCCAGCCAAGAGGAUCGUCCGGUUUCUUUUUCUCGAACGUGUGGCAUCCAUAUGUUGAGCAUUUAUCGGCCAAGAAAUCCAUUUUAUUGGAUAGCCUUGAAAGGCACGAGGCUGGAACAUUGCCAGAAGGCUAUGUAGUGUCACGAGCAAACUGCGCGUUGGUUGAUUUUGUUCAAGCUGUCUACGCAGCCGUGGAUGCGCUUAGUUUGCAAGAAAAUGGAGAUAAAAAUAACAAUGAACAUGUUGCCGAAUCAAUUUUCACCAGUUGUCAACCCAAUCUGCUGGCCGCGUUGAGCCUUUUGUUAUCAGCGAGCACUGACGAAACGGUGACGGAUCAGCUUUUGUGUGCACUUUCGACGCUAAUGUCAGUUGGAUGCAAAUUGAAAGCAAUUCCUGCCAGUUUGAAUUGUUUAUACGUUCUAUGCUGUACUUGCUUACCAACAGUGACGUAUUUGCGUUCGUAUGCAGGAGCAGAGACGCCCAUGAACGAGCAGCAACUGGAAAACUUGGUGUUCGAUUCGUCGUCAGCUUUACACGAAGUGGUUGUUUCUGGCACACCUUGCCCGUCUUCCGUCGUAGUGCCAGACAAAUGGAAUGAUCAAGUUAUGUUGACAUCGCGUAAUUUGCAAGCGUGUUCCAUUCUCCUCAGCUCUAUGUGUGCACACGCAGUGUAUUUGGAUGAACUCUGGCAUUUGAGCCUUUUGACGUGUCAACAUAUUGCGUGGCUCCUGGGAAUCCGGCCGUCUUCUACGGGUAUUUUCGCUCGGGAGAAAGCGGAAGUCGAACAGCAAAGUAUGAUCUCUUAUUAU